GCACAGAGGUGGAACGGGAGAAAGUGACAUCUAGGAUACUGAAGUAGGACACCCUAGCAGCCUGGCUGUGGGAGCACCGGAACGCGGAGUAUGAGGGAAUAAAAGACAAUACUGGCCACCUGUCAUCUGAGCAUUGCCACAGAGACAACAUCGGUGAACACCAAGCGCCCCCAAGACUGUGCCAGAGAUUCCUGCCAAAGGGCCCACUGGGACUAAACUAACACUUGGAGGGUGUGGGUCAGGGUCUAUGAGGAUUUCACUGGAGUGGGCUUCUGCUGCUAAUACUAGCUUCAACUAUGAUGGUCCAUUGCGCUGGGUGUGAGAGGCCCAUCCUGGACCGAUUUCUACUCAAUGUCCUGGACAGAGCCUGGCACGUCAAAUGUGUGCAAUGCUGUGAGUGUAAAUGCAACCUGACCGAAAAAUGCUUCUCCAGGGAGGGCAAGCUCUACUGCAAAACAGACUUCUUCAGGAGAUUUGGUACAAAAUGUGCAGGAUGCUCCCUGGGAAUCUCUCCAAGUGACUUGGUCAGGAAAGCGAGGAAUAAAGUGUUUCACCUGAACUGUUUCACCUGCAUGGUGUGCAAUAAGCAGCUCUCAACAGGCGAGGAAUUAUACAUCAUAGAUGAAAACAAAUUUGUCUGCAAAGAGGAUUAUGCCAGUGCCAGCAGCCUGAAGGAAAGCAGCCUCAACUCAGUGUCUUCUUGCACAGACAGAAGUUUGUCUCCAGAUCUCCAAGACCCCAUACAGGAUGAGAGCAAAGAGACAGACCACUCCACAUCUUCAGACAAAGAGACAGCUAACAAUGAGAAUGAGGAACAGAACUCUGGUACUAAAAGGAGGGGACCACGGACCACUAUUAAGGCCAAGCAACUGGAGACCCUUAAGGCUGCUUUUGCUGCCACUCCCAAACCCACCAGGCAUAUUCGGGAACAGCUAGCUCAGGAAACAGGGCUGAACAUGCGGGUCAUUCAGGUUUGGUUCCAAAACCGAAGAUCCAAGGAAAGGAGGAUGAAGCAGCUCAGCGCUUUGGGGGCCAGGAGGCAUGCCUUUUUCAGGAGUCCAAGGCGUAUGCGACCCCUAGGAGGAAGGUUGGAUGAGUCUGACAUCUUGAGCUCUGGGCCUUACAGCUACUAUGGAGAUUAUCAAGGAGAUUAUUAUGGAAGUGGAAAUUAUGACUUUUUUCCUCAUGGACCACCAUCAUCCCAGACACAAUCCCCAGCAGACUCUAGCUACCUACAGAAUUCUGGACCUGGUUCAACUCCUUUAGGUCCAUUAGAAUCUCAGCUUUCUGGACACCACCCAUCAGAAAACCAAAGAUACGCGGACAUGAUUUCCCAUCCUGACACUCCCAGUCCUGAGCCAAGUAUGACUGGCUCUCUCCAUCCCAUUUCUGGGGAAGUCUUCAGUGGUGGUCCUAGUCCUCCCUUUUCUAUGUCUAACAAUAGUGGCUUUAGUGGUCCCCUGCCCCAUCAGAACCCUGACAUUAAUGAAGCUACUGUAUGGUAAUAAAAGACACUUGUUGACUGAACUGAUCUCUUUAGUUGACCAGAAGUCUACCUUCCUUCUGUCUCUUUCCUUCUACUCUCCACUCAGCAACUGGGUGGGUGAACACUGGUUCAAACAGACAGGUUCAGCCAACCCUGGAAAUGAUUCCGUUCUGUGGUACAUUUUUCUCCUUGCUGAGCAUUGGCUGAAUCAAUGUAGGAGAGGGCAAUCUGGGGUGAUUAUAAACCAAAAGCAAGAAUGACACUAAACCAAAAGCCAUCUGUGUGACAGAAGAAGAAAAACUUCAAAUAUGAAUCAAGCUCUCCUUAUCCUGCAGCACUGGAGCCACAAGUUUGGCUAUUGGAAAAAGGGAAGAUUAAUGGGACCAACAUGGCGCCAAAACCAAAACUCACCUUCUUGACUAUUUCUUAUGAAGCUGCCUCCCUACACAGCUUCAGUAAGAACCAGGAGCAAACAUAAAACAACAAACUUUACAUGAUACCAUGAAUAACAUUUUAUGAACCAGGAACCUAACAGUUCCAAAGGAGGCAUUUCAGCAAACAUUAGAACAAUCGAGUUCAAAUAUUUUGUAUUUAUUUCACAUUGAACAUGUAUUUUUAAGAAUGAUAAUAAAAAUGCUUACAGGGGUUUUGUGUCUAAGCUCAAAACUAUGUUAGUAUCAACAGGGAAGCAUUCAUUUCUGACAUUUCCUUAACGCUGCCUGCCACCCAUUUAAAGGGUGUUUUGUAUUUAAAUGUUGAGCCAUUUAUAAGUCAUUGAUUUUGUUGCUUUCCUUUCUUUAAAGUUUUCAAAAUAUUUAUGUAAAAUUUAUUUUGGAAGCAAAGUUCAUAAAGAUCAUACUACAAAAGAAA